AUGUACCAAAUGGAACAAAAUAGCUCUCCUGAACACAGGCAUGAUCUUACUGUGGCUCUGGAUGAAGCCAAACUGGAAGUCAUUGGGCAGCGAGUAGAUGCAUCCAUGUCCUUCUUGGAGACUGUCAAAAUGCAGUGCCGGUGUUCAGGCUCCAGGUUAAAGGGCACUCUGCUGGGCAUCUUUCCCAUCCUGUCAUGGCUGCCCCACUACUCCAUACGAGAAAGUGCAGUCAGAGACCUGGUGUCUGGGUUUAGCGUGGGCAUCAUGAAUUUGCCACAAGGUAUGGCCAACGCGAUGCUGGUAGGUGUUCCACCUGUGUUUGGCCUCUACACAUCUCUCUACCCACUGGUCAUCUACUUCAUAUUUGGUACUUCCAGACAUCUUGCUUUGGGAACUUUUGCUGUCCUGGCCAUUAUGCUUGGGUCUGUUCCAGCCAUUGUGGAGUUGCCUGGUGACGGUGCUGAUGUGGUGACAGCUAAAGUAAACAUAGCUGUCCAACUUACCUUACUCUGUGGUCUUAUACAGUUGCUGCUCUAUCUGUUGCGCUGCGGGGCUGUGUGCCGCUGGUUGUCUGAUCCCCUUAUAAGAGGCUACACAACAGGUGCUGGCUUGCAUGUGGUUGUCAUGCAGUUGCCUCUCAUGACCGGAAUAAAUGCACAGAGACACACUGGACUGAUGGCCUCCUCUUGGACUUUACUCGAUGUCGUGUAUGGGAUGACCAGUGUAAUACCCGCAACUCUGUUGGUCUCUGUUGUUUCUAUGGUGAUACUCAUUGCGGGCAAAAUGUUAAAUAAACAUUUUAAAAGCAAGCUGCCAGUGGCCAUACCCUGGGAAGCUAUAUUGAUAGUUCUGGGGACUGUGGCAUCAGUGCAACUGGACCUGGCUGGACAACACACAGUCCAGGUGGUCGGCCGGAUUCCCUCCGGACUGUCACCCCCCAUCGUCCCCUCUCUCUCGCUGGUCAGGGAACUGUUUAUUCCAGCUCUCUCAGUCGCUCUUGUGGGCUUCAGUUUCCACACAGCCAUGGGCUCCAUGUUUGCCCAUAAACAUGGCUACCACUUUGACUCCAGUCAGGACCUGCUUGCUCUGGGUUUGUGUAACGGCAUAGGAGCCUUUUUCCAGUGUUUUGCUGUUAGCAGUUCAUUCUCACGCAGUAUGGUUCAGGAAAGCAUUGGUGUCAAAUCACAGAUGUCUGGUUUGGUUUCAGCCCUGACAAUUUUAACUGUUUUGCUGAAGGUUGGUCAUCUUUUUGAGCAGCUUCCAAAGGCAGUAUUAGCAGUGAUUAUUGUGGUGAACCUGCAGGGUUUGCUUGCUCAGUUUAAAGAUGUGACUCUCUUGUGGAAGUCCGAUAGAUACGACCUGCUUGUGUGGGUGGCAUCACUAAUUUCAACCCUAGUCCUUAACCUUGACCUUGGUCUGGCAGUGGCCGUUGGCGUUUCUCUGCUUACGCUCAUCUACAGAACUCAACGCUCUUCGACUACUGUGUUAGGUCAAAUUCCUGGUACAGAUUGUUACAGAGAUGUGCAACUCUACAGUCAGGCAAAGAUGGUUCCUGGAGUUACUGUAAUCUUUUGUCCCAGUCCGAUUUAUUUUGCCAACUCCACACUGGUUUUCACUGAGAUCACACAGAUUGUGGGUCAUGCUCAGAAGGAGAACCCAGCAGCCACCAGUCAGUUACUGCCACACAGCCACUACUUGAUUCUGGAUCUCAGCUCGGUCAACUUCAUGGACACAGUUGCCAUGACAGCACUUUGCAAGCUUGUGGAGAACUUUGAAGCCCAGAAUCUCCGUGUUUUUCUGGCCUCGUGCCCAGAGAACCUUUUAUCCCAGCUUCGGUAUCAGGGCUGCAUACCCAAAAGCCUGCCCAGCUCUUCCAUCUUUCCUUCAAUCCACCACGCUGUUCAUCGUUGUGUCAGCAUGAUGCCUGUGCUUCUUGAGUGUUUGGAGGAAGAAGAAUGA